ACCAAACAUGCCACCAUAAUCAGCACUUCUUCGACCUUCGGUGCUGAAGGCAACUCACCGUCCAUCCAAUAAUCCACGUCAACAUCAGCAGAGCAUGCACUGGUAAAAAAAGGACACAUCGUCUCAUCUAAAAUCACAGAAGAAAUACCCGUCAAGCCAGCCCUCAACGCACACGCCCUUAAUAUUUAUUCAUCACCAACACCCAUUAUUCCAUCUAUUUUUUUCUUUUGCCCCACACUUUCGUCGCCGAGAGGCGAGGACGAGGACGCACCUCCCCUCUCGUCUCUCCUCUCCUCUUCCCUUCCCCUCAGCACCACGUCCGACGCGCUCCUCUCUACGCUGCUGCCCGCCGCCGCCAAGGGCUGCUCCCGUAUCCGAGCGCGUCCCACCACGUCGCCCACUGCCAUGGUGAUCUCGGCUGAGCCGCGCCCGCCGCCUCCCCCGGAUCCCGUUGCCGACGCCGCGGCGGUGGAAGCGGCGGCUGCGGUCACGUCGAACGCCCGCCAGGCCGCCGCGGUCACGUCGUUCCCGUCGCUCAAGACGUGGGGGAGCCACCGGGCCCUGCGCUGCGCCCACGUCAACCGCGCCGGCGACGCCACCGCCAGGCGCUCACCAGGGAAGCUCGCCGUGGUCAAGGAGAAGGCGCUGAGCCAUCUCCACGAGGUGGAAGCUGGGAGCAGCGACGACGCCGACGCGGACCGCGUGGCGGCGGCGGAGGCCGCCCCCGCUCUGCCACCGUGGAAGCUGCGCACCCGGCGGCGCCCAAAGGAGGCGGCGCCGUCCGGGAGCAUGGCAGCGCCGCCCGAGCGGAGGCCGUCGCGGGCCUGCGCGGAGGCUCUUGACCGGGCGCGGUUCUCCGUGACGCUCACGAGCGAGGAGAUCGAGGAGGACAUCUACUCCGUGACGGGCGCGCGGCCUCGCCGCCGCCCUAGGCGGCGGCCUCGCCCCGUGCAGAAACAGCUCGAUAUGCUGUUCCCCGGCUUGUGGCUGUCGGAGAUCACCGCCGAGACCUACCGGGUGCCUGACCACCGGUGAGAGACUGCGUUGCCGGCCCAUCAAGCACCGUGGAGCCGUCGUCCCAUCGGCGAGGGCGCAGGAACCCUGAAAGGCAAAUUGUCCAAAUUCACAAUAUCCGGUGCUGUCAUUCCUUCUUUUAACUCGUCUUCUGCUAGUGAUGUUACCAUGAGCUAAUCAGCUAGUAGUAGCUAUCAGUAAUUGUUAUUAAUUGAUAGUCAGCUAGUAGCUAUCAGUAAUUGUUAUUAGUUGAUUGAAUAGUUCUUUCUUUAACUCGUCUUUUGCUGGUAAUUGUUAUUAAUUGAUCGAAUAUUGGUGAUUGUUAUUAAUUGAUCGAAUAUCAACAAGCAAGUGACUAGUAUCAGCUUGUUAUAUCUUUAGCUAAAGCUAAAGUACGUAAGCUGAAGUACCUUUGUUUA